UUGACUUCUGACACGGUCCACGCGCAUACGAAUCAACGCAUCGGUACAAUUAUAUAGCACUGACGCUAACAAUUGUUCAAUAUUCACAUACAAAAAUAUAACGGUGUUCGAUUUUCAAAUUUGAAAGAAACUAUUUAAUUUCCAAUUUUACAAUCAGCCAGCUUGUGCUCAACGAUUAUAAUUCAUAGUUUAUGUUACAUGAUCAAACGAGAUAGUGCGAAGGCGGACAGCGCCGCGGUCUCAGCCGAAAUAUGAAUAGAUAAAAAUUUAUUUGAGUUUCGGUUAGCGUGAUGCGAUAUCGUAUUAAGUGCAUACAUAAAGUUGUGUUUGUGUUGUGUAGUUGUGUUUAGUGAAUUGCUGUUUCUUUGUGUGUAGUGUAACCUUUGUGUGACGUACUGCAGGAUCAAUUAAAGGAUUAUUGUUCUUGAAUUUAAAAUAUUAAGGUUGUCUACCAGAAUACCAUAAUGUACGAGUGUUUUCUCGAAAUCGCCUACGAGGCGGAACUGAACACCGAAGAGAACGAAGAAAUGCUAGAACUGGCUAAAGAGCUGUGCAACGAGAAUCCAGCUACCAGGGCCACAGCGAUCACGGAUCUGCGGCAGAUGAUAUACGAGCGCGGAGAGUGCCGGCCCUGGAGGACAGACGACGCGUUCCUGCUCAGAUAUCUACGUGCACGGAACUUCGUAGUUCCCAGAGCUCACAAACUGCUAGUCCGGAACUGUGUAUUCCGAGAACAACACAGUCAAUUGUACGAAGGCGUCGACCUCUGGGGCCUGGUUAAGAUCAAGGAUGCGUAUGAGGGCACCACCUACGACCACCCUGAUGUCGGCAGACUCUCUGUAUUUAGAUUCGGUAUGUGGGAUCCAUCAGAAUUUCCAGUGGAAGACCUGGUGAGGGCCGGCAUGGCGAUGUGCGAAAUCGGGCUGCGGCAGCCAAAAAUGCAGAUCUUGGGGGGGACCGUCAUCGUGGACCUGGAGGGCAUCACGCUGAGGCACGUGGCGACGUUGACGCCCACCGUGGCUUACCAGAUAGUUUGUUUGAUGGGGCUCGCAACACCAACACGACUCCGGUCCGUUCAUCUUAUAAACUACUCUUGGAUCCUCAACACUUUCUUUUAUCUCUUCAAGCGGUUCAUCCCUCGACAGGCGUGGGACCAAAUUCAUUUCCACGGCAGCGACCUGAAGUCCCUUCAACAGCAUAUUGCCCUGGACUGCCUCCCUCCAAGAUAUGGCGGCACAUGCAGAAGCCACGCCUCCUUCGCCCACUGGUUGAAGAAAGUUAAGAAGUACAGAGAUGAGAAGUUCGAUAGGGAAAUGAAGGACCUUGGUUAUGUUAUAAAAGAAUAGUUGAGAUUUAUGAUGCUAUCGGUAAUGCGUAGACAGCAUUUUGAAGCUGUUCGAUUCGAAGGAGGAUGAGAAAAUGUCAUGGUUUUUUUAUAUUUAAAGGAUGCAGAAUCCAACGUCAUUAUAUAGCAAUGAAGUGCCUUAAAUAUGAUCAAUUUAGAUAAGAAAUUAGUUAUGACUGCUAGACAGAAACAAGCAAGUGAAAUUACUAAACAGCCAAACAUAUUUUAAUGAGUCUUUCAGUAUAUGAAGACUUCUCCCACGGGACACAAAUACGUUAUUUAAAACCAAUAACCAUAACGUUAAAACAUUUUCCGCAGCUUAUAAAGUUAACGUUCCCGAUCUAACGGAUCAUCGGGUUUAAUGGAGUUUUAUUGGAAAUUGUUCAAUAUUCAGAACUAGUUAACUUUAAACCCUUUGUUAGAGCUAUCAAUUGGGAUCGACUUGAUCGGGAAAGUUUGACUGUGUUUUAUAACAAGAUAUCCUCGGUUUCACUAAAAGUCUUUACACCAAUCUAUACUAAUAUAUAAAGUUGAAGAGUUUGUUAAUAGCUUAUCUCGGGAACUACUAAAAUGGUUAAGAUUUAUUUUUCACUAAUGGGAAUAUUACUUCUGAGUGCUAUAGGCUACUUUUUUCGACUUCAAAAAAAGGAGGAUGUUCUCAAUUCGACAGUUUUUUUUUUAUUUAUUAUGUUGCCUCAGAACUUUUGGCACCGACUCCAAAAUUAGUUUUUGGUUUUUAGUGUUUUUCUAGUUUAGAAAAGUAUUUCGAAAAUUAUUUUCACGCGGGUGAACGAUCUGAAGUGUGUAUUUUAAUACCAUUAUUAUAGCAAUGGGGAGGUUGAUACGUGUAUGUCACCUUCAGUUCUCAGUGAUAAUGUUGAAACCUAAAAUUAUUCUAGAACUCAAAAGCCGAUACCAGACAGGCCUAAAGUCUCAAAGCGUGAGACUGAUUUUGAUGUCACAACCACUUUCGACAAAACUUAAUAUCAUGCCGAAAGUUAAACAAUUUGCCAAAA